AUGCGGAUCACGGUAGUGUUAGCUGUGACUGCUAGUGACCGGAAGCUUCCACCGCUCAUGAUUUGGAAGGAGAAGAAAGGAAAUCGCGCUAAAUCUACUGUGAACUCUGUGUGGGUGGCUAAUCAACCCAAUUUUUGGGUGUAUUCUGAGCUGCUAUCGGGCUGGAUUGACCGUGUAUUUCCACCUGUACUGGAUUCUCCGGUAAAAGCUCUUGUGUGGGACUCAGUGAGAGCGCAUAUAUCCAAGAAGAUUAAAGCUAAGUGCCAUCAGCGAGAUAUUGCCAUGUGCGUUGUGUCGGGAGGCUUAACACCCUACCUUCAAGCUGGUAACAUUGGUAUUUACAAGGCUUUCAAGGACAAUUUAUCGGGUUUAAACGACCAAUGGAAGCAUUCAGCAGCCGUUGAAUACACCCCACGCGGAACUAUCCGCUCUCCAUCCGUUGACAUUGCUCUACAAACAGCAGCGACAACCUUCUGUGCUCAAACAAACGUGCUGCAACAGAGCACAUGCGUACCACUAGCUACGCAAGCCAUCUGCAUCUUCAACUUCUUCAAGGAGAUAUUCGCUUCGGCGAAUUUGUUGAUUCGGUUUGGGGAUGAAGACGAAUUCGGUGUUGAAGUCGGAGAAGACAAAGCUCAAGUCCAUUACCUAUAA